CAGAUUCUCGCCUGGGAUCGAGCUCAGUCUGGCCGUGCUUGUGACCGCUAUCGAUAUCAGCAACGCUCCGGACAUUGUCUUCAUUUCCGUAGCCAUGUCGGACCACAGCGAACGAACAGCACGCUCUCGGAGCGGGGCAAGAAGCGUGACGGGCCAUACGGGAAAUCGCCGCGACCCAGCCUCGGGGGCUUUGUCUGGCCGGGGAUCGAGGAGCGACAUUCGGCCAGCGUCGUCGUCCGACAACUCGCGAUCGUCCACGCCCAUCAACAUGCGCUCGGCAGCGGCCCUUCCGGAUCCGUCCGUAGAUGAUUCCCGACACAGAGACGCCAGCCGCUCCAACAGCCGCUCCAACAGCCGCUCCAACAGCCGCUCCAACAGCCGCUCCAACAGCCGGGCGCGCUCGGCUUCUCGGUCAUCUUCGCGAGAGGCCAGCCGCGACCGACAGCCUGGCGACUCCCAGACGACAGCCCCGAGACAAGUCCAACUGCAUGAAGCUGGACAAACGGGCGCAGUAGCAGCGCCGUUGCCAAAGCCUGCGACAGGCACUGCGACAGGCACGGCGGCAUCGCACUCGAAUCCGCCCACUCCGAGGGCUGCAACUCCGUCCAAGCCUCCUGCUCGCGCUCCCACGCAGCGACCGGGGCAGGCAUCGUCAGACGAACUGCCGUCGAAGCCAAGGCACCCGUCUGCUUUCCAGAGCGAAAUAUGGUCGGAUGCUGACUUUGGAUCGCAGGCACUGCUGGGCUCUUCGGCCCUUGUAGACCGCUCACAGCGGGACUCGCGCUCGUCGAGUGCCACACGUAACGAGUCAGAGCAGGAAGCACCCAAGACAAGUCUUGGCAGCCGAUACUUUGUCCAGCUCAAAGGCAGCCGGACAGCUCUUCAAAGCGACGAUGAUGUCCGACGAGGCUCCAGCCGCGAUGUCAGAGGCCGCAAGAAGAAGAGUGACUUGAAGCCCAUCGAAAUCAAGAGUCCCAACACAGAGGAGGUCGUGGUGGUUCAAGUCUCCGACCUCUAUCACCCGGAUAAUCUGCGCUCGGAGGCAUCGGCAAUCUCGAGCCGGGAUGUCUUGAACGCACAGAACAGCUCACCUCAGACCCCCUCGUCGAUUGGGAAUCUUGCCGUCAGCGGUAAAGCCGAGACGAUUGGUCGAGGCGAUGUCGGGGUCGUCUUUGUGGAAGAGAGCGGCAAGUUUCGCCGCUUGUAUCCUGGGGACAUUGUCCUGGACAACCAAGACAAGCCCAAGAUGGACGAACUGGAGGAGAAUGCCCUGAUUGCGUUUGCGAAUGGCACCGAAGCCAUCGUCCACUCAGUCAUGCAAGUCAUCCUUGGCCUCUUUGGCGGUCUAGGCCUCGCCAUCUUGGUUCUGUUCCCGAGUGUAGGCUCGGGCUCGUCAAUAACCCAGGCGGUCAGCUUUCUGCAGCUGUACUCGCCGGUGGCCGACUCCCUGUCGAAGCUCACACAUACUUUUUGCGUCCUGGUGGGGAUGCUGGUACUGGACGAGCUCCUGGGUCGGCUGGUUCUGAAGCAGGAGAAAGACGCUGCGUCCGGCAUACCGGAGCGACAUUGGAUCCGCAAGCGGAACGGCAAGAACUGGUGGUCGCGCAGCGAGCGCAUAUGGAUCUGGACUAAGAUUGCCUUUGCAACAGUCUCGAUUGUGUUGAUUUUGGCAUCGCUGCUCGUGAUAUCAAGCGAUGAUCGAUUCUCGGAAGGCCAAAUCAACGCACUCUUUGGGGACAUAUCGACAUGGGUUGCCGAUCAGCCGCUGCCAAGUGGGCCGUUCAGUCUCGCCUCGGAGCUGAGCCGCUGGAAAGUGCUGCACUUCCUCCAGGGAAUCGGCGCGCUGCUUGCUGCGAUCGUCUACGGUAUCCAUCGCCAUCUCGAAUGGUCCUAUCGCCUCGACAAUUCACCGGAGCUGACACUGGCCCGGAUUCGCGAGGAGCCCGAUCGACCCGACGGGCACCGAAUCAAUCCGACACCACCUGAGGAUCGGCCCGACGAUCCGCUGGAUCAAGUGCGGAUCUUGCGCACACGCAAUCUCGUUGGAGUCGCUGGAGACGUGGCAAAAUCGCAGAUGCUUUUCAGUGCGCCACAAGCAGCCUAAAGCCAAGCGACACUACUCUUGAAUGUGGGCGUGGGAUCUGUUGUUAGUCAGUGACUCCUGCAUCCACCAGAGCGACCGACGGCUGUGUUCUUCGUUGAAUGAUCACUGUGGUCCUGUAAAUGGCCGCUCAGGAGAGUGAUAAAGAGUUGCACAAUGUUUCGAGGAGGA